AUGGCAGCGUUCAUCAGAGAGAGCAUGGCAGCGUUCAUCAGAGAGAGUAUGGCAGCGUUACUCAGAGAGAGUAUGGCAGAGUUAAUCAGAGAGAGUAUGGCAGCGUUCAUCAGAGAGAGUAUGGCAGCGUUCAUCAGAGAGAGUAUGGCAGCGUUCAUCAGAGAGAGUAUGGCAGCGUUCAUCAGAGGGAGUAUGGCAGCGUUCAUCAGAGAGAGCAUGGCAGCGUUCAUCAGAGAGAGUAUGGCAGCGUUCCUCAGAGAGAGUAUGGCAGAGUUAAUCAGAGAGAGUAUGGCAGCGUUCAUCAGAGAGAGUAUGGCAGCGUUCAUCAGAGAGAGUAUGGCAGCGUUCAUCAGAGAGAGUAUGGCAGCGUUCCUCAAAGAGAGUAUGGCAGCGUUCCUCAGAGAGAGUAUGGCAGAGUUCAUCAGAGAGAGUAUGACAGCGUUCAUCAGAGAGAGUAUGACAGCGUUCAUCAAAGAGAGUAUGGCAGCGUUCAUCAGAGAGAGUAUGGCAGCGUUCCUCAGAGAGAGUAUGGCAGAGUUAAUCAGAGAGAGUAUGGCAGCGUUCAUCAGAGAGAGUAUGGCAGCGUUCAUCAGAGAGAGUAUGGCAGCGUUCAUCAGAGAGAGUAUGGCAGCGUUCAUCAGAGGGAGUAUGGCAGCGUUCAUCAGAGAGAGCAUGGCAGCGUUCAUCAGAGAGAGUAUGGCAGCGUUCCUCAGAGAGAGUAUGGCAGAGUUCAUCAGAGAGAGUAUGGCAGCGUUCAUCAGAGAGAGUAUGGCAGCGUUCAUCAGAGAGAGUAUGGCAGCGUUCAUCAGAGAGAGUAUGGCAGCGUUCCUCAAAGAGAGUAUGGCAGCGUUCCUCAGAGAGAGUAUGGCAGAGUUCAUCAGAGAGAGUAUGGCAGCGUUCAUCAGAGAGAGUAUGGCAGCGUUCAUCAGAGAGAGUAUGGCAGCGUUCAUCAGAGAGAGUAUGGCAGCGUUCCUCAGAGAGAGUAUGGCAGAGUUAAUCAGAGAGAGUAUGGCAGCGUUCAUCAGAGAGAGUAUGGCAGCGUUCAUCAGAGAGAGUAUGACAGCGUUCAUCAGAGAGAGUAUAGCAGCGUUCAUCAGAGAGAGUAUGACAGCGUUCAUCAGAGAGUAUGGCAGCGUUCAUUAG